AUGGCUAUGCGCUCAGGUCUUGCCUUGACAUCGACUUAUGCCGUCUCUCAGUGUUCUCGCCUCAUGAAAAAGAUUGAUGACAAAACUUUCGAACUGACCUCAAGAGGUUGCAGAGACAACUCAACAGUCGUAUCGCCAGCUAUUGAUCUGAUUGAGUUCAAGUCAGGCAGAGGAAACGCCUUCCUUGAAUCUGCCGUGCCUAUUGCCAGAGCCCUGCAUGUCGCCAUUUCUUCGCUCAAUAAGGAACUUGAUGAAGUUGCCCUCACAAUCGAACAAUCGCCAUGCGCCUCCCCUCCGGAACAGGUGAUUAUCCAGCUUGACCGAAUCAUUGCAGACAUGAAAGACCUCUUGGCUCGUAUUGACCAUGACAUUCCCCUCCUACACAUGGCUAUUACCGCGUCUGGCGAGAGCCUCACGUCAACCUUAUCACCGGGUGUAUCGCCCUCGAGGUUGCUACAAGCUAGCACUCUACUCAACUUUGGCGACACGCAGUAUGCCAACGACCCCACAAGACCGGCUCAAAUCGGACCCUGUUUUACGUUCUCGCUCUACAUGCUCUUUUUGGGCCAUGCCGACCAGUCUACAGAGCCCCCGACUACUGUGCCCUAUGCACCCGAUCUGUCCAGAAACGGGUCGCAAAAGCGAGAACCAUAUGGUAUAGAAGAGGGUGACAGGAAGCCCCUAUGGCAAGAAGUUCUUCACAAGGCCCGGGUUCGUCUGUGCCGUACGCCCCUUGACCACGUAUUCGAUGGCAGGGUUGGGUAUCGUCCUCAGCUAAAGCCCCCGGAAUACGGUCCUGCGGGUGCUCAUGUUUCGUCACCACUAACAAAUCCGCCCAGCACACCUGUCGAGUACGCCUACCAUAUGGAAAUUAUUGAGGACCUCGAUGAUGGGCGUCUGCAUGGUGAUGACCGCGUCCAAGACUGCCCGUUCGAUGGCAUUGCCCGCGCUGGAAUUCGGGAAUCGAUCCCCCUCUUUCAAUUAUCGAAAAUCUUCUACGCUGACACAGGGCGCAUUCUCAAUAUUGGCCAGGAUUCCGAGGAAAACAAUCCGGUUCUACUUUUAAAGCGAGAUGUAUCCAUACGGCCCCCAGCGAGCACAAGCGAUGCCAUUGUACAGUCGCCUUGUUCCACAGAAGAAGCUUCUCCCGAUUGCGAAGAUUUGCAACAAGACGUCGACCAACAGAUCCAAAAAGAAAGUCUUUAUAUUGGGGAAAUCCUGAGCUCGGGUAUAAAGACUGAGGAUACUGACUGCGAAGAGCCACCCAGUGCCUGGUCUUUCCCACCUCAUCUCGAUCCGGAAUGGUUGGCAUUCGAGGUAUUUGUAGAUGAUUUUGAUGACCAUGACACUGGUGACGAGAGCAGCGAACAAAGCAGCGUCAACAACGACUCUUCAAAGUUUGUCAUUGAACGCACCGCAUCUCACUGCAUGCGAGCCUACUGCACAGACAUCUGCGUCACGUGCUCGGAGUUUUGCAGCACGGUCCCCUUCGAUGCUAUACACAUUCAUCUCGCUCAUGAAGAUGCUCAUCGAUUGCGAGCUUGCAAGAAGUUCCAGCAAGGCUUCGCAUCUCUCAAUUGA